AUGAAGUUUCCGUCUUGUACGCGAGUGCAGUCAUAUAUGUACAGGACCGUCAAUGGGAGAGACAAGGACACAGUGACGACGGUGAGCUUUAAAUUGGCUACUAUCCUUUCCAAAGCUAUUCAUCACGCCCAUCACUUGUUGUUAAAUCGCUUGCCGUUCAAACAGCCAAACGCUCACGACAUGAAGCACAUUUUACGCCGGGCGUCAUUGAUGGCAGUUAUGGCCGUUAUGGCCGCGUCCCAUGGCAAAUGCUACGCCAGAGAAAUGAUACGCGAAGGAGAAAUUAGUAAAGCAUCGCAGGCGAUUUCAACUUCUAGCCUCGAAGCCCGUCCAACACCCAGACCCCACGAGCCAAAGAAUAUGCAUGGAUUGCCCAUCCUGCAAACCGACUUGACAUUCAACGAACGGGCAUAUUGGGAGACAUAUUCCACAACGACAUUUUUCAAUUUACCGGAAAAGUCUCCAAAGUAUCAAAAACGAAUCGCUACUCUUCAUGUUUGGUUGAUAGGUCUGGUAUCGUGCAUAGGAUAUCCCAUCGCACUGGUUCUGGGUCACGUGGGAUGGAAGGAAACACCUCCAUCAUUAAGAACAAUAAGCGACGACAGUGACAGCGACUUUGAGAAAACUUCGCAACGUCGUUGGCUCAAAUUCUGCCACACGGUGCUCACCACCAUGAAUGUAUUUGCACUCCUGUCGGCCACGGCAGUUUUAUCCGGAUUUUCCGACCCUGCCGUGCAGUACCCAAAAAAUGCAUAUCGCAGAACUUCCAUCAUCGUAGCCGUUGUGUCUGUAGUGCACCUGCUUGCGACGAUCGUGAGGUUCGUAGCAUUUGUGAAGAGUACAGGGAACGGAUCGAUGUCGCACUAUCGUCGCAUAUUGCAAGAUUACGAAAUGGCGCUCUUUAACACUGAGGACCUUAGCCAGACUCAAUCGUCUUCUGCGAGUCACCACACCAGUAUUCGUGACAAUUCUGCCAGUCGCCCCGAAUCACCUCUCACACCUGCGCGGUACACGCAAAUUGACUUCAAUAUCCAGCUCGAGCAGGAUAGCUUAGAAGCACGACCUACGUUUUCGGUCCCAUUGUCCACGCCACGAGUACACUAUGUCUUUCAGUUCGCAUCUAAUGUGCUCAACUGCACGUCGUGGCCGCUUUUCAUCGUGUUGUCCAUAAACUGCGUGAUCGGAAUUGCGGUAGGAUGCUUGUUUGGUCAGGGCAAGCGGGUCUUUAAUCUCUUGGCGCAUUGGAUUAAGGGCGGCGUUUUUAUCGUACUUGGAGUUUUAUCACUCGCACGUUACUGCGGAGUUGGUCUCGAAAAAGGCUGGGCCUGGAAUAAAACCACCGCUCAAAUGCAUCCCACCAGUGCUUUGCAGAACUCCAAACGCAUGAUUUUGCCCAAUGGCUCCAUGAUCACCAUAGAGUCUAUUGAGUCGUUUCUUAUCUUCUUUUAUGGGUCCACCAAGGUAUUUUUGGAGCAUCUUUCGAGCGUUGACGGUAAAUGGCACCCUCGAGACCUCCAGCAUGUAUCAAUUGCGUUCAUGUUUAUCGGGUGCGGCCUUUGCGGGCUAAUUGUCGAGCACAAGUUAUCAGAUUGGCGGAAAAACCACUCAGUAAAGCAAAACGCGGACAUUCGCACCACUGGAACUCCUGGGUACUCUCCAAAUCCCUUCCCUGCAUUUACAAUUUUCUGGACCGGGAUUCUGAUGUCCCAACACGAACAGGCGUCCGUUACUUCCACCAAAAUCCAUGUUCAAUGGGGGUCUUUGCUGGCUUACGGCUCCUUUUUCAGACUUGUUACCAUUUUCCUGCUUCUGGGGAAGCCCAACAAGGACAACAAACCAUCGAAACCGUUCACAGAGCUAAUUACCUCAUUUUGUUUGCUAUGCGGGGGUAUGAUUUUUAUGGAAUCCACGGAUCAAGUUGUAGAGGCUUUAGAGUAUCGGGGACUAACCAGUAUGUUUACCUUGAACCUCAGUGUGGGUUUUACAACCCUGUUCAUGGCCUGGGAAAUGCUUCUGCUGAUGUGGAAAGACUGGCUAGAAACGCAUUGA